GAAGUCCCUAGGGAUCUUGUUCCAUUGGGAAUACCCCUUUUCUUCUCCCUGGGCAAGGUUGUUGAAUCUCUCUUUUGUCCUGAAUAGCCUGGAAGAAGACUUCAUCACCUGGCGAGAGCAGUUCUGGCCAGCAGUGUGUGAGCACUUCGGGGUGGAGGCCACAGGAGAAGAGUCCAGCAUCCGCCAGUACGAGCUGGUGGUGCACACAGACGUGAACAUGAGCAAGGUCUACACCGGCGAGAUGGGCCGGCUCAAGAGCUACGAGAACCAGAAGCCCCCAUUCGAUGCCAAGAAUCCUUUCCUGGCCGCAGUUACGGUGAACCGCAAGCUGAACGAGGGCGGAGAGCGACACCUCAUGCACCUGGAGCUGGAUAUCUCCAAUUCCAAAAUCAGGUAUGAGUCUGGGGACCACGUGGCUGUGUACCCAGCCAAUGACGCCUCGCUGGUGAAUCAGAUUGGUGAGAUUCUGCACACGGAUCUGGAUACAGUCAUGUCCCUAAAUAAUUUAGACGAGGAAUCCAAUAAGAAACAUCCCUUCCCCUGCCCCACGUCCUACCGUACUGCCCUUACCUACUACCUGGACAUCACCAACCCGCCUCGCACCAACGUCUUGUAUGAGCUGGCUCAAUAUGCCACGGACCCCAGCGAGCAGGAGCACCUCCGCAAAAUGGCAUCGUCUUCUGCUGAGGGGAAGGCUCUCUACCUCAGCUGGGUGGUGGAGGCCCGGAGGAACAUCCUGGCCAUCCUGCAGGACAUGCCCUCCCUGCAGCCCCCCAUCGACCACUUGUGCGAGCUCCUGCCUCGCCUGCAGGCCCGCUACUACUCCAUCGCCUCCUCCUCCAAGGUUCACCCCAAUGCCAUCCACAUCUGUGCUGUGACGGUGGAGUACGAGACCAAGACGGGACGCCUGAACAAGGGGGUGGCUACCAACUGGCUCAAGGACAAGGUGCCUGAUGAGAACAGGAGCAAGUCCCUGGUGCCAAUGUACGUGAGGAAGUCGCAGUUUCGCCUGCCCUUCAAACCCAGCACGCCCAUCAUCAUGAUCGGGCCGGGGACCGGCAUAGCCCCCUUCAUGGGCUUCAUACAAGAGCGGGCCUGGCUGAAGCAGCAAGGCAAAGAUGUCGGUGAGACGGUGCUUUACUACGGCUGCCGCCAUGAGAACGAGGACUACCUGUACCGCGAGGAGCUCACGCGCUUCCAUCAGGACGGCCUCCUCACCCAGCUCAAUGUCGCCUUCUCCAGGGACCAGGCUGAGAAGGUUUACGUCCAGCACUUACUGAAGAAGAACAAGGAAAACGUCUGGAAGCUGCUUAAUGAGGGCAAUGCUCAUAUCUACGUCUGUGGUGACGCUCGCAACAUGGCCCGGGAUGUGCAGAACACCUUCUACGAGAUCGUGGCCGAGUUCGGGAACAUGAGUCAACCCCAGGCCGUGGACUAUGUAAAGAAACUGAUGACCAAGGGCCGCUACUCUCUGGACGUCUGGAGCUAAGAGCAGGGCUGGCAGGGCCAGGGAGAGGACAGGUCCUUAGGUGCGGGCCCACGGGAACGGAAAGGUGCCUGCCUGGCCACCCCACCUGUGGGUGACCACAUCAUCCCCACAGCCACCCCAGUGUCACCCUCAACCCCUCUGCCCUGGGCUCGACGGCUACAGCAGUCCCCCAGAGCAGGCUGGGGAUGGAGCAGAUGGCAUCUGUCCCCCGUGUGUGCAUAUCCCUGGGAGGCAGAAGGGCUUGAGAGGGCCAUGAGGGGGCUAAGGCUGCUGUCUGGGAGCUGUGGUACCGC